AUGUUUUCUGUUCUUAGCAAUUUGAUAGUUCUUGUCUAUUUGAUUGGAUUGUCGACGGCAUUUUAUUUGCCGGGUGUCGCUCCAACAAAUUACAAGAAGGGAGCCAACAUUCCAUUACUAGUGAACCACUUAACCCCAUCGUUACAUCAUUUGUCCAACAACAACCAAAAGACGGGUGACAGAACCUAUGUCUACUCAUAUGACUACUACUACCCUAAGUUCCACUUUUGUCAACCAAAAAACGGACCAGUUAAGCAGCUGGAAUCGUUGGGUUCCAUCAUCUUUGGUGACCGUAUCUUCAAUUCUCCAUUUGAAAUCAAUAUGUUAGAAGAGAAAUCCUGUGAAACCUUGUGUUCUACCACCUACACUAAGGUUGAUUCGGUUUUCGUGAACAGAAACAUCAGGGCCGGCUACAACCACAACUGGAUCGUAGACGGUUUACCUGCUGCCAAGCUUGUUAUUGAAGAAAGAACCAAGUCCAAGUUCUACGGAUCUGGUUUCCGUAUUGGUGAGACUGACAACCAGAAGAAGGCUCACUUAUUCAAUCAUUUCGAUAUUGGUAUCGAAUACCACGAAAGAGACAAAGACAACUACAGAGUUGUUGGAGUAACAGUUAAGCCUUACUCUUUGGAUAGAAACAAAGUUGGUAAGGAUGCUGGAAAAGAGGAACUUUGUAAUCUUGAAUUGGGACCUGUUUUUUUGACUAAGGAAUCUGAAACAAGCGUAUUGUUCACAUACUCUGUUAGUUUCAUCAAGUCUGAAACCGCCUGGGCUACAAGAUGGGACAAGUAUUUACAUGUCUAUGACCCUAAAAUUCAGUGGUUUUCCUUGGUCAAUUUCUCGUUGAUUGUCUUGAUUCUUGGUAUCAUCAUCGCUCAUAUUUUAACCAGAACUUUAAAGAAUGAUAUUGUCAAAUAUAAUGAAGUGAAUUUGGACGACGAUAUCUCGGACGAGAGUGGUUGGAAGUUGGUCCAUGGAGACGUUUUCAGACCACCUAAGCAAAAGAUGUUGUUGUCUAUCUUGAUUGGUAGUGGUGUCCAAAUCUUCUUGAUGGUUUUCGUUACCAUUGUAUUUGCACUUUUCGGUUUAUUAUCACCAUCAAACAGAGGAGCUUUGUCAACUUUCACUUUUGUUCUUUACAUUUUCUUCAGUAUUGCCGCCUCCUUUGUUUCUGCUUACCUUUAUAAAUCAUUCGGGGGUGACAACUGGAAGUUGAACAUGAUCUUGACACCAGUUACCGUUCCAGGAACAUUGUUCUUGAUUUUUGUUUUCUUGAACUUUUUCUUGAUCUACGUGGAAUCGUCUGGUGCCAUUCCAAUUGGUACAAUGUUUGCUAUCAUUUUCAUUUGGUUCGUGGUUUCUAUUCCUCUCUCAGUGCUUGGUUCAAUUUUGGCUUCAAAGAAAGCAGUACUCACCAACCCAGUCAGAACUAACCAAAUUCCAAGACAAAUUCCAACUCAACCAUGGUACUUGAGAACUUUACCAAUCCUGUUCAUGGCUGGUAUCUUCCCAUUCGGUUCGAUAGCUGUUGAAAUGUACUUCAUCUACUCUUCUUUGUGGUUUAACAGAAUUUACUAUAUGUUCGGAUUCUUGUUUUUCUGCUUCCUCUUGAUGAUUUUGACAACCUCGUUGAUUUCAGUCAUGAUGAUCUACUACACUUUGUGUGCUGAGAAUUAUCAAUGGCAAUGGAAGUCUGUCUUCAUCGGAGGUGGUUGUGCUAUCUAUGUGUUCUUGCAUUCAUUGUUCUUGACUGGAGGUGAGAGGUUAGGUGGCUUAUCAUCCAUCGUCUUAUAUGUUGGUUACUCCUUGGUUAUUUCCUUGCUUGUCUUCCUUUGCUGUGGAUCCAUUGGCUUCAUCAGUAACUUGAUUUUCGUAAGGCAAAUCUAUGCCCAAAUCAAGAUCGAUUAG